CAUUCCUACACAUUGCAAUCUCUUCUAACUUAUUCUUACACCUUCAAACAUAAGAAGAAUUCCCACACAAAUUCGCUUCUUCCUCGUACUUUUUUGUUUUUGUUUUUGAAUCUCAUUGAUUUCAUCACAUUUUCUAUUAAAUUAAUUAAUAUUUUAGACUAUAGUAAUUAAUAAUGGGACUUGUGAGCAUGGACCAACCUCAAUUGUUGUCCAAGAUAGCCACUGGUGAUGGACAUGGUGAAACAUCAUCUUACUUUGAUGGAUGGAAAGCUUAUGAUAAAAACCCUUUUCAUCCAACCAAAAAUCCUCAAGGUGUUAUCCAAAUGGGUCUUGCAGAGAAUCAGCUUACUGCUGAUUUGGUUCAAAAUUGGAUAAUGAGUAACCCAGAAGCCUCAAUUUGUACUCUAGAAGGAGUACACAAUUUCAAAGAAAUGGCUAAUUUUCAGGAUUAUCAUGGUCUACCAGAGUUCAGAAAUGCUGUGGCUAAAUUCAUGUCAAGAACAAGAGGAAAUAGAGUGACAUUUGAUCCUGAUCGUAUUGUCAUGAGUGGUGGAGCAACUGGAGCACAUGAGGCCACUGCCUUUUGUUUGGCAGAUCCUGGUGAUGCUUUUUUGGUGCCUACACCUUACUAUCCAGGAUUUGAUCGAGAUUUGAGGUGGAGAACAGGGGUUAAACUUGUUCCAGUUAUCUGCGAAAGUGCAAACAAUUUCAAAUUAACAAAACAAGCCUUAGAAGAAGCAUAUGAAAAAGCCACAGAAGAUAACAUCAGAAUUAAAGGUUUACUCAUAACAAAUCCCUCAAAUCCAUUAGGCACAGUUAUGGACAGAAACACAUUAAGAACCGUUGUAAAUUUCAUCAACGAAAAGCGUAUUCACUUAAUAAGCGAUGAAAUUUACGCUGCAACGGUUUUUAGCCACCCAAGUUUCAUAAGCAUAGCUGAAAUAUUAGAACAUGACACAGACAUUGAAUGUGACCGUAACCUCGUUCACAUAGUUUACAGUCUUUCAAAAGACAUGGGAUUCCCUGGUUUUAGAGUUGGUAUAAUAUACUCUUAUAAUGAUACCGUUGUAAAUUGUGCACGAAAAAUGUCAAGUUUUGGAUUAGUUUCAACACAGACACAAUACUUGAUGGCGAAAAUGCUGUCUGAUGACGAGUUCGUUAAAAAGUUUCUUACUGAAAGUGCAAAGAGGUUAGCACAAAGGUACAGAAUUUUCACCAGUGGAUUAACCAAAGUUGGAAUUAAUUGUUUACAAAGUAACGGUGGACUUUUUGUGUGGAUGGAUUUGAGAGGACUUCUUAAGGAAGCUACAUUUGAAUCAGAAUUGGAACUAUGGAGAGUGAUUAUUCACGAAGUUAAGAUUAAUGUUUCACCUGGUGUUUCUUUUCAUUGUUCUGAGCCAGGGUGGUUUAGAGUGUGUUAUGCUAACAUGGAUGAUAGAGAUGUGCAAAUUGCUUUACAAAGGAUUAGGUCAUUUGUGGUUCAGAAUAAUAAGGAGGUUAUGGUGUCUGAGAAGAACACUAAACCUUGUUGGCAUAGUAAUUUGAGGUUAAGCCUUAAAACAAGAAGGUUUGAUGAUAUUGUAAUGUCACCUCAUUCUCCAUUUCCUCAGUCACCUCUUGUUAAAGCCACUACUUGAAUUAUUUAGCAUAUAGAAGAAGUAAUAACUGAUAAUUUUUUUUUUUUUUUUUUUGGUUUGUUGAUUUAUCAGUUUGGGAAACCACAUGUUGUGUUCCUUUAAUGUUGGGGGCAUUUUUUCUUUUUUCACUUACUGAAUCACAUUGGUUUGUGGUGAAAGAAGUUCAUAGAAUUUUUAAGGUCAAUGAUGAAUGAAUUGUUAAUAAACUUCUUCAAUUAUUCUA